GGGUGUAGAAGAUCAGUGAAAAAACUAUGGAAUCACUUAUUCCAGUUCCAUAAGAGUAAAGGGAACUACACAGAUUCACAGUUGGCAGCGUUUUUGACCGAAGGGAAAAGGGGAGUGCAACCUGCAGGACUGCCAACACCACCAGACAGUCCUCUUGAUGGUGGAGAGCCAAGUCAGAAGCUCUGUCCUGUACCUGGAUGC